AAACAUCCGGCGUCAUUGCAUCACGGGAUUACGUCUACCCUCACGCAAGUGGCUUGAGAGAGAGAGGGAAAACAAAGUUAAUUAGACGCAGGAGGGGUUCAAAGUAGAAGCGUCGUGGCGGAUUUUUGCAAAGUGAUUUAUUACGUUCCUUGCAUCUCAAUGCACCGCUCAAGGAAAACUCUGAGCGCAGACCUUCGUGAGCCGAAUUUUAUUUUUGUCGGUCGAUUGUAACCCUAUCUUCCGUUCGUUGCCCCCUCUCUAUUUUCUUCUUCUUGCUGGUGUUUUUUUUUGCGUGAGGAGGAGAAGGGGGGGGUGGGGUCUGCUGCUGUGGAUAUUAUUGGUUGGACCAAGUGCGGCUCCGACAGAUGGGUCAGGGGCUGUGGAGAGUUGUAAGGAAUCAGCAGCUGCAACACAGAAGAUACAGGGAGGAAAGUUAUUACCUUGGGGGACAUGACAGGAGACUCACUGCUGCAAGUCGCAAGCAGGCCCAGAUUGGGAUUGAUAUCUACCACAUUCUGAGAGUUGGCAGAUCGAAGGAAGAGCGUGGAUUUCCAGACCUGGAGCUAUUGCCCCCAGAGCUUAGUUUAACCAUUCUGUCGUACUUGAAUGCAACGGAUCUUUGUCUGGCCUCAUGUGUUUGGCAAGACUUGGCUAAUGAUGAUGUCCUUUGGCAAGGGUUGUGUAAAUCCACCUGGGGUCACUGUUCCAUUUAUUAUAGAGACCAUCCUUCAAAUUUUAGCUACCGGAAACUCUACAUGCAACUCGAUGAAGGCAGCCUUACGUUCAAUGCUAACCCUCAUGAGGGAAUAGGCUACAUUUUUCGCAAAGGCAUAUUGGACAAUGCUCCAAAGGAAAUUGCAAAGUUUAUUUUCUACACAAGAACACUAAAUUGGAAGAAACUUCGAAUUUAUUUAGAUGACAGGAGGGAUGUGUUAGAUGAGCUUGUGACACUGCACAAUUUCAGCAAUCAGUUCCUGCCUAAUGCACUCAGAGAGUUCUUUCGGCACAUCCAUGCUCCUGAAGAACGUGGCGAGUACCUGGAGACUCUAAUUACCAAAUUUUCACAACGAUUCUGCGCUUGUAACCCCGUCGUUACCAGAGAGCUUGGCCUAAGCCCAGAUGCUGUGUAUGUUCUUUGCUAUUCUUUGAUCCUGCUUUCCAUCGAUUUGAAUAGUCCACAUGUGAAGAACAAGAUGUCCAAGCGGGAGUUCAUCAGGAACACUCGUCGGGCUGCCCACAAUAUUAGUGAGGAUUUUGUGGGACAUUUGUAUGACAAUAUCUACCUUGUUGGUCAUGUGGCUGCCUAAAUGCACCACUAACAAAACCUAUAGAACAUGAGAGUCAAACCUAUAAAGUUGCACAAUGAUGUAUUUGACCUUUUGUAAACACGAGGAUUAUUUUAGUGCUGGCCAUUGUAACCUCUGUGUACAAUCAGAACUUUUUUGUGUUUUCCAUCUUGCGUUUGUUAGCACUUUGAUAACUGACUACCCAUUUGUGUUUAAUAUUAUUUUAGUUAUCAUGAGUUGCAUAUUAUAGUGCCAAUGACUGAUGCAACAUUUUAGAAGGUAAAUUAACCUAUAACUGGCAUAAAAAGUAUAAGGACCACAAAGUCUUCAGAAAUUGUGGUUGGGUUUACAGAUUAAGUGGGACUAUGAAUUCCCUAACUUUUUUUUGUUUAUUUUUAUUGCAUGUGAUGUGUGUAAAUGAAAAAUGAGAGAUUUAUAAUCAUAUAAUUAUUUUAUUGUGAAGUGUUUUAACUAAAAGAUUUUCCUCUGUACAAAUUAGGUGGCUACUUUCUCUUUAUUGAAUUAGAACUUUUAUGUUACAGAAGAAGGAGAAAAAAAAAGCACUUUGUUUUGCAUUUUUUGACAUAUGAAAUAGUUAGAACAUGAAUGUUUGUUUCCCCCAUGGGUUAAUCUCUUACCCAACUUAGACUUGCAGAAGACAUUAUUUUUCAAUUAGAAUCCAGUCUUGAAAGAACACUAUUUAAACUGUUGUCAAAACAUUAUUGAAACUUUACCAAGUGUGCUGGUGUAAAGGACUGCUUGAGUAAUUAGUAACUUGUAUGAAAUCCUAGUUAAACUUUCUCAAAACACAUUUUUUCUCUGUUUUCUUUUAAAGCAUCUAUUCUUACUUAGUACUAUUUUAGUAGGAAGAUAUUUUAAGUAUUAACUGGCACGCAAGGAAGUAGGCAUUUUAUUCAAAUCAAUCAUGUGAUGUUUAAGCCAGUUAUUAUUUGAGUUGGUUCUUGGUUGCAAGAUAAUCACCUAGUUCAAUGAAUAGCCUUUACAGGAGCAUAGAGCAUUCCACGUUAGAUGUCUGGUCUAUGCUUGGCUAACUGUUCUUAGCCAUUAUGUGAGUGAGAGUAUUUAAAAUUGGCUUUGGCCAAGUCGACAAGGAAACAAUUAUCUGGCGUUUCCAUGACAUGUGUCCAGAAAUUAUUGAGUUAUGUGCGCCUGAAUGCAAGCAUAGAGACAGGCUUGAUUGUGGUGCACCAUGUAGUUAAAUAGCCCAUCGUGCAGUCAGCCGGAAGCCUGCCGUAAAUAAUGGCUUCGAGGACAGUAGAUCAGAAAAUACGCUAUCUUCACAGAGUCCAUACUUGCACGUGGCAUUAAACUGAGGGGAGGAAAGACUUUUUGGAAAAAAUAUAAAAACUGAUUUCUGAAAAUAUUUUUGACUAAAUUGAAGCCUGGAUUCUAAGGAUCAUAUUUUAUGCAGCAGAAACAAUUCUCAUGUUAAAACAUCCAUUGCUGCUGUAAAGUUUUUACGUGUAUUUCAAUGGUCACUAUAAAGAGGAAGGCAAAAAUUAAUUUGGAAUUUAUCAUCUACAUUAUAGUCCCUCCCAAUGUCACUGAUAAAUAUUCUAUCAAGGAGUGAUUUUAUGUUGUGAAGUGCCAUUUGAUUUAAGAAAAGCACAUAUGAUUGUUGGGGUUAGGGUCCAAAAUAGUAUUAUUUUAAUUGCUUCUCUAUAAUGCACUGAAAUGGUCUUUGUUUUUCCAUGUAGUAUGUUUCCAGUUCAAUAAUGCAAAUAUUAUAUCAUUCUACUAUUCCAAUGACCCCUGAACAUUUACCAUUAGUACACUGUAUAGUUCAAUGUAGACAAAUUACUGUUUAGGUGCAUGAAAGGCAGUGCACCAACAAACAAAUGAAAAAAUAAUAUUUAAGGCAGUGUAUCUGGCAAAGACCCACCAUACUUUCUCUGGAACUUGAGUUUCUACUUAGCCCAAUCCCUUAACGUGCAAAUAUUUUGGUUGGCUGAAGGGCUUCUGUGUAAAGUAGAUUUUGGCAAGCUCAACCUUGUCUUCAGUGAGUACAGUUCAUAAUCCUACAGCACAAAAUAGCCACAACUUACCCCACAUUGGGCAAUAGCCACGCACUUAUGAAAUGUAUUCACUGUUGCAAUGUUCGAGAAACAGUUUAUCCGGUCUUGUCGAGUCAUACAGAACAGAAACAGAACCUUCAAUCCAACUAGUCAAUGCCGACCAUGUUCCCAAAUUAAAUUAGUUACACUUUGCCUGCGUUUGGCCCAUAUGCCUCUAAAAUCUUCCUAUUUGUGUACUUAUCCAAAUGUCUUUUAAAUGUUGUAACUGUACGCAUCCACCACUUCCUCUGGCAGUUCAAUCCAAACAAGAACCACUUUUUUCUUAGUUGAUGACCUAUCCUUUUUAAACUUGCUCCUGUCACCUUAAAAGUAUGCUUUCUAGUUUUGAACUCUGCCCACCCUUGGGAAAAGACCCUUGCUUAUUCACCUUAUCUGUGCCCCUCAUGAUUCUGAGCGAAGAGGCCUGAAUUUUCUCACGGUCUACAGAAUCCCAAUGUUUGGCCAAAUUAUUGCCCCAAACCAUCACCUGUCAGCAACAAGACAGGACCAGGAACUUUCCCAGGGAUCACCGGACUUGCUGUUCAUUUGAGAAUGGAUAGCUAGUUUAGGCAGACCAUUGAGUGGGCUCCGCUUGGCCAUAUUGAGGUCUGUGAGGGUACUUCAACUUGCGACCAAUGAUAAUCCCUCAAAGAUAAACCUCACCAGAUAGAUGAGGGAAUUUGUGGGACCACCCUUUCCAUUAACAAACUUGCCAUUUGUGCAAUCAGGCUUGGAUUCUCUGUGUCUUCUGCAGCCCCUCCCUGACCAUGCACUGAAAUACAGUUCAACCAUUGGCAUGGUGCCAACAAAGGUACAAGCUUCCCCUAAUUGGGAUGGUAAUGAUGCAUAUUAGUUGCCAAGUAUGUGGGAAACCAGUCUUCACAGGCCACCUCAAGAAAGAUCCCAUCAGUGGAAGUUCAUUUAGUUAACAAGUUACCAUCCCAAACACCUACCCACUUUUCCAACAAUGGAGAAGGAAAAUUCAGCCUGCGUUGCAUUUAGCACAUAUUGCAGAAGAAGCAUGAUUCACCGCUGCCGUCGCCAUCACUUUUCUUGUAAUUUGAAAGUUUUGUUGUACAGUCUCCUUGAGCUCUACUGGUUGCAGCACAUGAUAAUCAUAUCCGUUUAAGGGUUGAAUUAAAAAGUUAAAUGGCAGAAUAUGUCAAGUGACAUGGUAAUGUCAUCUUACAAAGUAGUGGUGGAAGGUGGUUUCUAUUUCCUAAGACCAGCUUUCCUAUAUGAAAGCCAUUUAUCUGAGAUUUCUCUGUAUGAAUCAUGAGAGUAGGACUUUUAAGGUGACUAAAAUGUAGCAAUUGAAAAUUAAUCGUGACCUGGUUUCUCCAUGCUGCAAAAUUGUAGAAAUGCAAAAUCAAAUCAAAGCAUAAUAGAAAAUAUUGAUCAAAUCCACUUCUCAAAUUUCACAUUGCUGUAACUGAAAUGUAUUUUUAUUUGAAUUGAGUUGGCAAAUGCUGUUUUGUGCAGGAGUUUAUUGUAGAAUUAUCUUAAUUGAAUAUUUUAUGUAAAUUUCUUAAUCCACAUUUGUCUGUUGACAAUUGCUGCUGUCAUGUUUUACAGAUAGCAACCUUCUGUAAAUCUAGCCCCGGAUGCAAAAUAUAAUGGUGAGGGUAAAAUUGCUUUUUAGAUUUUUAAAUACAAUUGUAGUUGGCCUUGAAUAAGAUUUUUUUUUACACAUAAUCUUUUGUCGAUUGUAAAUAAUAGACUUACGUAAGUCAGGUUUUAUAUUAAGAACAUAGGAAUUACUUGACAAUAGAGGACCAGGGUCCAUCUCUGUUUUUCCUUCUACAAUCCUGAUAGCUGUAUGAUUUAGUGAUGAAGAAGUUCUUGACUAAUCAUUAGCAAUCAGUCUCUAUUAAUUAGCCUAAAGAAGACUGCAAAAUGAGAUAGGAAAACCCUAUUGAUAGCUUUGAGAACAUCAGACCAAAGUCACCUUGCUUCCAUCCACGCAUACUCUUCCACUCAGUUGUCAAAAUAAUGAUUUGAAGAAAAUAUUGGCCAAACAUCUGCACUCUCUACUUGGUCAACUUCUGAUUUUUCCUUCCGUGUGAACAAUUUGGAGUAAAAUUAUGGCUUGGUGAAUGCAAUCUUUUUAUGUGCUGAAUCCAUAACAAAGAAAUAAUGUGCUAAAGAAGAACACAUUCUUUAUUACUAAUUUAACAAAUGCAAAUCCUCAAAGUGAAGCCAUGCCUGUUGCUGAGUUUAAGGUGAUUAUUCUGUCACUUAGUCUAUAGGAGUCAAUAGUCAGUAAUAUGUCACAUUGUUUGUUUCUCUCCAAGUGUUCAGCAGUUGGUACUGAGGUCGCAGCAGUGAAGAUUGACUGCUCAAGAGCCCUAGCUUGUCCUGAACCUAUUUAGCAAGGGUCAUUUUCUCAAGAACGUGUUUACAGUUUGUUUUAUACGUCACAUGCCCUGCAACAUUUUGAUUACAUAAGAUUGACUGUAAUGCAAAAUGAAAGACACUGGCCAAUUUUGGGGUUUCAUUUUGUCAAUAAUAUGAAAAGAGUUUUGCUGUAGUCUAAUGUACCAAUCUUCCAGUUAAAAGACUGUAACUGCACUUUGUGCCAUGACUUGAAGAAAUGACGCCAUUUUGAAAGUUGACAAAAAGAUUCCAGAAUGAAUUUCCAAUAAAUAAAAUUGAAGAUAAGGCAUCCGUAAUGUAAAAACUGCUGUGAAGUGACAUUCCCAAAGAUUUGAUGCAGUCAUUUCAUUGCUUCAAAAUGCUGAACAAAAUAUUUACCAGGGAACCCCAUCCAUUGUUACUGAUCCUGUCCUAAUGGUAUUUUGGAUAGAAACUGUGUGAUAUGCCCUAAUGUUGCACGUCCUGAUACUGUAUGUCCCAACAGAAAUAAUAAACUCAUUCACUUCUAGUAGGGAAUUGAAUUUCCUAUUUUACAGCUUCAUUUUGCAGCUUAAUGCAAGGUUCAGUAAUACUGACUACAGUGCAGGGAAUGUUCUUUUUAACAAGCAUAUAAAUCCAAAUUUACCCAUCUCUGAUCCUCAUUGGAUAUGUAAUUUUAGAUCAACUGUAUUUUGGAGAUUAGAUUUGAGGUUAACUAAAUAUCCUGAAAACAUCCAUAUUGGGUCCAGAUGCAACUAAAUCAAUGUUUGAUAAUUGGGGAAUCUUAUUGCGAUGCAAAAAAUUGUUCCCACUCUACUUUUGUUUGCAGGCUUUGUCUUAAAAUUACAUAACCAAUCUGAUAUUAUUUAAAAAUUAUGGUAGGAAACAUAGUUUCAAAAUGCAGUCAGCCGCACAGGAAAUCUGAUGUUUAGGCAUCAGUGGAGUUUACAGAGUUAACUGUGGUACACAGUAACAGGGUAGUGCUUAAAAACAAAAAAAAAUGACUGUUGUACUGUCUCAGAUACAGAAUCAUUUUUAAAAUCCUACAUGUUGUAAUGGAACACCGCUUCUUGAAUGAUCUUCUAUAAAUUGAAAGCUAUGUAUAAAAUACCAUCCAAAGAUCUGCUUUUGAAACAUUUGGUUUUAUUUAAAAGAUACAACACCACAGAUUUUCAUUUCUAAUUAGUCUUUUGUAUAAACAAACUAUAUUUUAAUAUUUAGUGCUGCUUAGUAUUUGUGCAGCAAUAAAUCAUGCCUUUUUUAAAUACUUGAUUGGAGAAAACUAUUGCAUUACAAUGAUUUGUCACGUGCUAAGAAAUACUCUUAGUAACGUUGCAAGCCCUUUGUGUGCUUCAAGUAAUUCUUUUUUGUAUCCUUUUUGAAGUUGACGUAUGAAUAGCUCUGAUGAGGAUUUCCUCUGCACUGGUUAUAGCAGCAUCAUAGACAUUUUUGUAUAUAUAGCUAUCACUUUUGUUACACUUCUCGCAUCACAGAGAAAACUUUCCUCUAAGGUGGAAUAUUUUACAUCAUGUUUCCUAUGGUCCACUUUAUGUGAUUUAAAAGCUGCGAUUUUAUGGCCGAGAAGAUUUUAUGCCUGAAACGUGAAGCAUCUUCAAGUGUGUAUUUUCACUGUAAAUCUAUUCGUCUGGACUUAUAGACUAACAAUCUUUAAGACAAGGCGUUGAAUGUAUAGGAUUUUCUUUUAAAUGGCUGGAAGGAAGCUUGGUUUAAUGGCACUAAAUAUUUGCCAUUUUUACACUUGUUAAUGAUAUUUACUUUGAGGUUUAUACCUUUAUGUUAAAAAACUACUUGUUAAAUUGGUAUUUUGUUUUUUGUGCGAUAUUAAAAAAAACUUACGUUCAGCAGAAAAUCAAUUCAGGUACCAGCUUUACAAUUUUAGUUCAAUGUUUACAAAGGAAUUCUAAUUAAUUUGUACUUUAACAGUGAGAAUAUUGGAGAGAAUUAUUUUGACAAUGUUCAAGGAUAUUAAAACUUUUGUUUGGCAAUUCACUAUGUAUCUCAUGCUUUUACUUUGUCAAUUGUAUAAUAAAUGCCUAGUUUCAUGCCAAGUAGAAUUUCUUCAAAAAAAGUUCCUACAAGCAUGAAAAAGUGAUAUGAUUCAAUUCUGCAUUAUAUCCAAUUUUAUAUUUAAACUUGCUCAUUUUAUGUAAUUUUAAGACGCAUGUUUAAAGUUACUGGAAAAUACCUUUUGUUUAAGGCCUCUUUGUGAACUUCCUUAAACUAAACAUUAGCGCACACAAUAGAAUGGUCUUGAUAGAAGGAAAAUAAUUCAUUGUUGAAACACUAUGCACUUAAAAUAAUUGUCCUUUAAUUUUGGUAACUGUGCACGCUACCCAUCUAUUUAUGGUUUACACAGGUUAAUAACAGUGAAGAUGCUUUCUAGUUUCUUGUGUCACUUUUUGUACGGAGUGCAAUCUGUCAAUUUGCACACAAUUAAAGUUGAUCUUGAAGUGUUAUCCCAGUGUAUGUUUUUUUACCAUGUGCCAUUCCAAUUUUGCUGAUAGUAGGAUAUUUGAGCUCAAUUAA